CCCGGUGGCGGGAGCAACGUGGUACUCGAAACUAGAAGUAUGCACCCGUCACCAUGCACACCAAGUUCCAAAACUUUUAAACCACCGCUUCUCUCUUCUAUAUAUAUAUAUGCCAAAAAUGCAAAUUUAAUUAUCAAUAAAAUAAAAAUAUUUGCAGAAAAACAAUAAUAUGAAGAGGCAAAGAGGUGCUACUAAUCCGGGUAAAGUACUACCCGCGGCCGAAACUACAGUUGUUGCGAAGGUGGUGAAGAAAAAGGCGAAAGGGGGUGGUGUGGAUUUGGAGACGGCGGUGAAAGAAGUGGUGCUGGAGGAGGUGGCGGCGGAGGAGGUUGUUGCGGCGGUGCUGGAGGAGGUGGCGGCGGAUUGGGCUGAUUUGUGCAGUGGGGUUGAAGAAGAAAUGCCGUGGGCGAGUAGUUGGAUCCCGUUUUGGGAGAUGGAGGCCACCGGCGAUGCUUACGAGGCAUUAUACGGUGACGUUUUGUGGGAUUUUGAUAUUUGGGAUUUGAAAUCGAUUGGCAAUGUUGCUCCGUUUCCAUGAAAUAUUAAAAU